CAGAAGACCAUGUGACGGAGACAGAGUGUGAUGCGACUGAUUCCUGGCGGACGGUGCUCGACUGUUAUGGCUCCUCCUGCCUGCCACAGUGGUAAGGCCGAGACGUAACACCAACGCAGGGGAACGGGAAUAACCCGACAACUGUGCGACUUUUUCCGGAGCCACCGCCGCGGAAAAUGACAGAUCUCACCAUGCUCCUGAAAAAGGCAUAGACGACGUGCUCGCCUCUUCUGCUGUGAAAGCUUCGACAUUUCUUCACCCUUAACAACACAACCAAAUGAACUCCGUCAGAGCAAGUAACGUUAGCAGAAGACCAAGGCGAGUGUCGAGGCCGCGCCCGGUACAGCCGGAGAGGAACCACCAGGAAAGAGAUGAGGACGUUCCUGCAGAUAUGGUUGCAGAAGAAUCUGGUCCAGGAGCUCAGAAUAGUCCAUACCAACUUAGAAGAAAGUCUCUGCCCAAGAGAACAGUGUGUCCGACAAAGACAAACAUGGAGGGUGCUUCCACUUCAACCACAGAAAACUUUGGACACCGCCCGAAGCGACCCAGAGUUUCAGGAAAGUGCCAAGAUUUACCAGCAGCAGCUCCAGCAGAGCAGUAUUUGCAGGAGAAGCUUCCAGACGAGGUGGUGCUAAAGAUUUUCUCGUACCUUCUGGAGCAGGACUUGUGCCGCUCCGCUUGUGUGUGUAAGCGCUUCAGUGAGUUGGCCAACGACCCCAUCCUCUGGAAAAGACUGUACAUGGAAGUUUUUGAGUACACGCGGCCCAUGAUGCAUCCUGAGGCAGGGAAGUUCUACCAAAUAAACCCAGAAGAAUAUGAGCAGCCAAAUCCCUGGAAGGAAAGUUUUCAACAGCUGUAUAAAGGAGCACACGUUAAGCCAGGCUUUGCGGAACACUUCUACAGUAAUCCUGCUCGGUACAAAGGAAGAGAUAACAUGUUUUAUUAUGACACCAUAGAGGAUGCCCUGGGAGGGGGCCAGGAGCCUCACUUUGACGGCCUCAUUUUUGUCCACACGGGUAUUUACACAGAUGAAUGGAUCUACAUAGAGUCACCCAUCACAAUGAUCGGAGCUGCUCCUGGAAAAGUGGCAGAGAAAGUCAUCAUUGAAAACACCAGAGACUCCACGUUUGUGUUCAUGGAAGGUUCUGAAGAUGCCUACGUUGGAUACAUGACCAUUAGGUUCAAUCCUGAUGAUAAAUCCGCCCAGCACCACAAUGCACACCAUUGCUUGGAGAUUACGGUCAACUGCAGCCCAAUUAUUGACCACUGCAUCAUACGCAGCACCUGCACAGUGGGAUCCGCUGUGUGCGUUAGUGGUCAAGGCGCAGGUCCAACAAUCAAGCAUUGCAACAUUAGUGAUUGUGAAAAUGUUGGUCUUUACAUCACUGACCAUGCACAGGGAAUAUAUGAGGACAAUGAGAUUUCAAACAAUGCUCUCGCUGGGAUUUGGGUGAAAAACCACGGUAACCCAAUCAUCAGGCGGAAUCACAUCCACCAUGGCAGAGAUGUGGGUGUUUUUACAUUUGACCACGGAAUGGGUUACUUUGAGAGCUGCAACAUCCAUAGGAACCGCAUUGCCGGCUUUGAGGUAAAAGCAUACGCCAACCCGACAGUGGUGCGCUGUGAGAUUCAUCACGGCCAGACAGGAGGAAUCUACGUGCAUGAAAAGGGCCGCGGCCAAUUUAUUGAAAAUAAGAUCUAUGCAAAUAACUUUGCUGGCGUGUGGAUCACCUCCAACAGUGACCCCACAAUACGGGGAAAUGCUAUAUAUAAUGGCAACCAAGGUGGGGUGUAUAUUUUUGGUGAUGGACGAGGUCUCAUCGAAGGAAACGACAUCUAUGGGAAUGCCUUGGCAGGGAUUCAGAUCAGGACUAACAGCUGCCCUAUUGUCAGGCACAACAAGAUCCACGACGGCCAGCAUGGUGGCAUUUAUGUGCACGAGAAAGGACAAGGCGUCAUCGAGGAGAAUGAGGUGUACAGUAACACACUUGCUGGCGUGUGGGUCACCACCGGCAGCACGCCGGUACUGAGGAGGAACAGGAUACACAGUGGGAAGCAGGUCGGGGUCUACUUUUACGACAACGGCCAUGGUGUGCUGGAAGACAAUGACAUUUACAAUCACAUGUACUCUGGGGUUCAGAUAAGAACUGGCAGCAAUCCUAAAAUCAGGCGGAACAAGAUCUGGGGAGGUCAGAAUGGAGGCAUUUUGGUUUAUAACUCAGGCCUGGGCUUUAUUGAGGACAAUGAGAUUUUUGACAACGCCAUGGCAGGAGUUUGGAUCAAGACUGACAGCAACCCCACUUUGAGAAGGAACAAAAUUCAUGAUGGGAGGGACGGUGGAAUCUGCAUAUUUAAUGGAGGAAGAGGGUUGCUUGAGGAAAACGACAUCUUCAGGAAUGCCCAAGCAGGUGUGCUCAUCAGCACCAACAGCCACCCCGUGUUGAGGAAAAAUCGAAUAUUUGAUGGCUUUGCUGCAGGUAUCGAGAUCACCAAUCAUGCCACAGCCACUUUGGAGGGCAAUCAGAUCUUCAACAACCGCUUUGGAGGGCUUUUUCUUGCAUCUGGCGUCAACGUUACGAUGAAAGAUAAUAAAAUAAUGAACAAUCAAGAUGCAAUUGAAAAGGCCGUGAGCAGAGGUCAGUGCCUGUACAAGAUUUCAAGUUACACCAGCUACCCAAUGCACGACUUUUACAGGUGCCACACCUGUAACACCACAGACCGCAACGCCAUCUGCGUGAACUGCAUCAAGAAGUGCCACCAGGGACACGACGUGGAGUUCAUUAGACACGACAGGUUCUUCUGUGAUUGUGGCGCAGGGACGUUGUCAAAUCCUUGCACAUUAGCUGGAGAGCCAACGCACGACACCGACACACUGUACGACUCUGCACCUCCUAUAGAGUCCAAUACGCUGCAGCACAACUGAGCUCAAGACCCACAUGUUGCACCUCAGCAGUAAUGGACAUUUUGGACCAUUGCAGAGGACUAAACACACAUUUUAAAUAGACUCUCACAGAGCAUUUACAGUGACUUAAAUGUAACAACAGACUUGGAUACAAGAGAAGAUGCCUAGCCUUUCUUUUCAUUGCUUUUCUAAAACAAGAUGACAUUAACAGGAGAGCUGAAGAGCAAGUGGUUGCCCAAAGAGAACAGUGACAACUGCCAGAGUGGCUCAUCAGCUUUGGAGGGAAAAAAUGCCGUCUUGUACAAACUUGUGGCGAAAAGACACGGCGUUGUGGAGUAAAAGGCACCUCGAAGGCCGCAAUGCUUCCAUCAGUGGGUGACCGAGCUGCUCAUACGAUACGUAUGAGGAAAAAUGACUUAGCACUUCAGCUUUUUUUGUUCCACUCAACACAACUGUUCAUUUGAUUUUAAUGUUUUUGUGUAAUUUUGUAUUUUCAUGCAAAAAUCUUACUGUACUUGAAUGUCUUUAUUUUAUUAAAUGUGUUUAUUUUUAUUAUAUCCCAAAUUGCUGUAAUUAUACUCAUGUCGCAGUAUCUAACUUCUUUCUGUGAAAGAGAUGUGAGAAAUGAGGGAAACACUAAAUGUUUCUCCUGCAACGCUGGCUCAGUCACUUUUCCCUCUCCAAAGGAACUGUUAGACACGUCUUACUGGAUUUGUUGGACUAUCAAGCACGUUAGCCGCUUAAUCUGCUCCUUUCCUUUCAAACGUUAACGUGACAGUUUCAUGUAUUGACAUGUCUGUUUGGAAUUAACAGAUGAGUUUAUUCAAACACAUGACCAAAAUUAACAAUGUUGCUUUAAAAAAACAAAAACAAAUUCAGACAUUUUUCUACCUGAUCAGAUCCUAUUUUGUUUGCCAACGUUGCAGGAGAACUUCUUAGGCUUUUUUUCAGCUUGGCUGAAGCUGAGACAAGUAUCUCCAUACAGCGCUAUAAGUUUCAUGAUGCCCUUUCCCUCCCAUCCAUGUGUACUGGUGAUUGUGGGUUCUCAUUCAGACUGAAAUGUAUGCAUGUAUCAUAACAUCUAGACUUAAUAUAUUGUGAAGUAUUCAAUAACCGUUAUGUAGGCGCUAGUUUGAAUUAAAAGGGUUUAAUUUCCUAGGUGAAACAUUGUCCUUUUUUGUAAAAAAAAUAAACUUUAUUGGAUCACGAAAA